GGGGAGUCAGCAUUGUUGUUAAGUUAGAUCGCUGGUUCAAGUUUUGUGCAGCUUUCGGCGGGAUUCAGAAUGAGUUCCGUGCAAGAGGAGAAGCUUGCAGAUGGCACUCAAAAGACCCAGGUGCGGGAGCUGCGAAAUACGGAGCUCGUAUCUCGUCUAUUAGCUGCAACUCCUCCGUACCUCUACAGCGCUUUACCGCUGCAACCACACGCCUUCUUCUUCAGUGAAAUGCUUCGUUCCUUCGUCAAUGCGCGCCAAGGCUGCAGACCGCCACACUAUCAUCGUCGUUUCAAACGCCGCUCUCACAAAUAUUUUGCGGAAAACGAAAAUGACUGGAGACGGGAGUGGCCAAAGCCGGAUGAAGAGAAAAAAGAAGAAAUCAGACCUGAAGUACCCCUUGAGCUCACUGUAGAUAAACAGCCUAGAAUUUGUGAUCCAUCACCUAGAAGGCUUUCACCGAAAGCUGAGCCGCCAAAAUCUAGUGGCAGUCCAGGACCACCCGGCAGACAGUCCACAUUUGUCGACGUUGGUACCGAAGAACUGCCUAAACCGUCUCCAUUAGGUAGAAAUAUUGAACCGACGGUGUCACCUUCCAACCUGAUUCUCCCACCUCCGCCGCCUAUGUGGUAUCCACCCCUUUAUAAUCCACAGUUUGGCGUUGACCCCUUAAACUUCUUUAUAGAUUUGCGUGUAUCCGGACAUAUUUAUGAUAGAAAAAGAGCUGCUGAGGGCAUGGAACAAAACGCACCUGAAAUACGACCAGAAGAAUCUUUAGAAAAACGAUUGGGCAAAGAUUUUGGACAGAGACCGCGGCAUCUAUCUGCUUUCUCAGUUCCUGUCCGCGGUGCUAAUGCUGGUUUAGACUCCGAUAAAUAUUUUGAAAGAACUACUGAUCAUGUUGGCAAGUCCAAUGGUACUUCGUAUGUAAUGAAGAAUCUUAAGCGUUUAUAUGACGAUUUGUAUGCUCACGAACAAAGAGGAGACGCUAAAACAAGUAAACUUGACAAUCCAAAGGCAGAAUCGUCCGAUGUUGAAGAUGAUAAUAUAAUCGAUUAACGCAUUUUCUUUCUUGAAUUAAUAGUAUUAAUUAUUACUGGGUAUUCUAGUUUUCAUUCUAGUCAUAAUAUUACGUAUAACCUUAUGUAACUUCUAGUCAUAAAACAUAGUAAUAAGUUAUUUAUAAUUUUAAACACAAUUAUGUGAUUUUUACAUUGUCGUUAAAGAAAUUCA